GAAGUGCUUCCGGUACUAGCGGCGCCCUCAGGCGUCUGAGAUGCGCAGUUUGUGCUAGUGCCCUCACCCAUCAGGGAGCCAUCCCGUGGCGGGAUUGUGGGGGCUGUUUCUGCAGCAGCUAGGUGGCGUCUCCCGGGCCUCAUGACCUCCAUGCUGUUCAGUUUCAGCGAUGGGCCUGGAGACUCGAGGCUCUGGGGCCUAAGUCACUGCCUCUUGCUGCUUCUGCUGCUGCAGCCCCCACGGAGCUCAGGUUACAAAGAGGACAACACCAAACGAGCCACACUCCAUCCUGAUGAGUGUGGCAGACCCUGGUGGUCCGAUGAUUUGGACAUGACCCGCCAUUGGCCCUGGGAGGUGAGCAUCCAGAUGGAAAAUGAACACGUGUGCGGAGGGGCCCUCAUUGACCUCAGCUGGGUGGUGACUGCUGCCCACUGCAUCCAAGGCAACAAAGAAUACUCAGUAAUGCUUGGCACCUCCAAGCUGAAGCCCAAGGACCCCACCAAGGCCCUCUUGAUCCCCGUGAAGGACAUCAUUAUGCACCCCAAGUACUGGGGCCAGACCUUCUUCAUGGGUGACAUUGCCCUUCUCCUGCUUCACACUCCUGCCAUCAUCAGCAAGUACGUGCAGCCCAUCUGCCUCCCAGAGCCCAACUACAUCCUGAAGACUGGCAUACAGUGCUGGGUGACUGGCUGGGGCCAGGUUAAACGGCGCUUUUCUGCCAACUCCACGCUGACCCUAGAGCUGCAGGAGGCCGAGGUUUUUAUCAUGGACAACAAGAGGUGUGACCGGAUUUACCGCAAGAAGUCCCUCAUGCCCCGCGUUGUCCCCCUUGUCCUGGGGGACAUGGUCUGUGCCACCAAUUAUGGAGAAAACUUGUGCUCUGGGGAUUCUGGGGGCCCAUUGGCUUGCGAAGUUGAUGGCAGAUGGAUUCUGGCUGGGGUGUUGUCCUGGGAAAAGGCCUGCGAGAAGGUACAGAAUCCAGGCGUGUACUCCCGCAUCACGAAAUAUAGCAAGUGGAUCAAGACUCAAAUAAACAGUGGGGCUCCCUCAGGUCUGCGCACCUCUGCCUGGUUCCUAAUUCUGUUCUGGCUGCUGCAGCCCCAGAGGGACCCCUGAUCUCCGCCCUCCCUUCUUUCUGCUUGGCCUCUGCUGAAUGGCGCCAGAUCAAGGUUAGACAACAGUCAUGCAUGUGUCUAUGUUCAACAAGAGUCAAGGUGGGGAAAGAGUGGCUCCUGGGAGACUGGGGCCUGUUUUGGUUCUCCAGUGGGGAGGAAUGUGCUGGCUGCCUGGAUUUGGAUGGACAUGAGGAGGAAAGUAUGGUCUAGGAUUCUGGAAUUGGGGACCAGAAUAGCAGAGAUUAAAUUUGUGCAAAUGUGAGCUGAUUCUGUUCAUUUCUGGGUGAUUAUGGGUAUUGGGUGGAAGGAAGGGGAAGGCCUCCUGGAAUUAAUUUUGCUGGGAGGCCCCCCUAGAUUGGGGGCUGAUGCUUUUUGCCUGAUCGCUACUGCUGGCACAUAGGGAAAGGCCUGGGCACCUGCCACCUCGCUUUCCUCAUUUUAAAGUAGAUGAGGAAUCUGUACUCUGUAAAUGCAGUGAGGGGGCAGUUGAAACAUGCUGUGUAAACUGGUAGUGGCAAGAACCCACAUAGUGUGCUCCAGUCAGCUUUCUAUUUUUUUAAAUGGCAUUAAAAAAGAAAAACUUGAUUACAAAAGUAUUACAAGUUCAUCUUUUACAUAUUUUGUCUUAAAACAUUUUGUCUAAUUACAUCAAUCUGAAUAUAUUCUUGUGAUCUACUAAACUAAGUCAAAAUUAUAUCCAGCCUCUCCCCAGAAGUAAUCAUUAAUAUCCUUAAAUAAAAUAUCUUGGAUUUAAAAAAAUAAAGAGGGUCUCA